CAUCAAGCUAAGAAGAAUGAGAAGGAAGGAGGUGGAGGGGCAAAGUGUGGCUGUUCAAGUGGAGCGGUGUGACCAGACAUGGCUGCUGUUUUUUGAGGUGAACUGAAGUUAGAGGAGAGACACAAACUAAAGUAUCGAUUCCGUCACAUCAGUGUGGAUCUGACACCAACGUCUGUAUCGCUUCAUCGAUGCUUGUAUCGAUCCGCCCAGCCUGAGUUGAAGCAGCAAUGAGUUCAGUUCAGUAUCUGAGAGAGUUCAUCAAGGAGAGACUAACUGCUGUUUGUGAAGAAAUCUUCUCAGAGGUUCAAAAAACCAUCGUCCAGUAUGAGGAGGAGAUCAACCGUCAGCACAGACUGCUGGAUAUCAGCCGGAAACCCGACAGAAACUCACACAUCAUAGACCUCCCACAACAACAUGACUGUGAGGAAGAGGAGGGUCUGGAUCAGCAGCAGGUCUGUAACCAGGAGAGGAACUCCAGCCCAGACCAGGAGGAGCCAGAGCCUCCACAGGUUAAAGAUGAACAGGAGGAACUCUGCAGCAGUCAGGAGGGAGAGCAGCUUGGACUGAAGCAGGAGGUUGAAACUUUCAUGGAGACUCCGACUUAUGAGGAAAGUUCCCACAGUGAACAAAAACUAAACAGUGAGCAGCUCCUUUCUCACAGCUCUCCUGAAGCAGAGAGCCGAGAUCAUGAAGAAAGCCAUCGCGUGGACUCAGGAUAUACUGGAAAUACAAAGCUAAAGAAGAGGAGACAUCACAAUGAGCGAGUGGACAACACCCUUGUGUCAGAAAGUAAAACUGACACAAGGAAACAGUCUGUACAGUGUGACACCUGUGGAAAAACGUUUAACUUUAAAUCCAACCUUACUACACAUCUGAGAGAUCACACAGGUGAAAAACCAUAUCCUUGUAGCACCUGUGGGAAACAGUUCAAUCAGAAAUCAUCAUUGAAUACUCAUGUAAGAAUUCACACAGGUGAGAAGCCGUAUCCGUGUAACACCUGUGGGAAAAUAUUCAAUCAGCUGGCACACUUGAAAACUCACACAAGAAUUCACACAGGAGAGAAGCCACAUUGUUGUACCACUUGUGGGAAAAGAUUCAAUGAGAAAUCAACAUUAAAAACUCACAUAAGAGUGCACACAGGUGAAAGGCCAUAUCCUUGCAGCACUUGUGGGAAAAGAUUCAGUCAGAGGAUGAACUUAAAGAAACACGUGAAAAUUCACACUGGUUAAAUGUUUAAUACUUUGAAAAUGUGAUACAGCCCUUAGUCAUGGCAAUGUGCUGGUGGUAGAACUCAUACUGACCAGACGGCAAAUCACUGCAACACCUGAGUGAAAAGAUGAUUCAUGUUCAAGACAGUAUUUCAAGACAUUGUUUAUUUGGUUUCCUACUUUAUUAUUAUAAUUGUAUCAGCCAAACUCAUCUUACAUUUCAUAAAGGUUAAAGUUCAGUAUGCUCCUGUUCUGUUUGUUCAUUGUUUUUUCGGCCUCGAGGGCCGG